GUAGAGUAGAGUAGAGAUUUCACUCUUGACGUAGACACAUCAUUUCACCUUGGCCCUAUACCUACAUCCAUCUUCACCAUCAUCACCAGUGAUGCCUCCAAAGACAGCAUCCACUUCAAACAAGCGCAGGGCAGAGCCGCCCGGGAGCGGGACCAGGCCACCGCUGGUGUUCAGGAAGAGCGCGAAAAAGGCCAAGCUGGAUGUACCGGAAGCAGCACCCCCACCCAGGCAAGCUACCAAUGGCGGGCUCGCUGCCAAAGGUAAAGCUCGACAGGUGUCUGGUCAGAAGCCUCAGGGAAGUACUGGAGCACCUCCGAAGAGCGCUAUGAAGAAGCGAGGAGGAGAGGAGCCUCUUAGAAAGCAGGUGUCACAUCAAGGAGCAGGUAGGGGUGGUGGUGCUGCUGCUGCUUCCAAGGUGUCAAGCAAGCGGCCAGACAGGGGUGCCGGCGUGGGACCAUCAGCGUCCAGCUCAAAGCCAACAUCAAGUACACCAAAGACAGUCAGAGCUCUAGCAUCUAGCGGUGCCUCUUCGUCCUCAGCAGGCAUUACCACUCCAACUACCUGGAUCCAGCCUCCCGCCGCUCUGCCCUCGUUCCGCAUCAUCGUCGGCUCCUACGAGCGUCUCCUCUACGGACUACAAGUCUCCCACACAAACGAUUCUACCCCUCCCACUUCCACGUCCACGGACAGCAAUCUGGCUCUCUCUCUCUCGCCCAUCUUUCAAUUCCCCGCCCACCCUUCGGCAAUCAAAGCCCUGGCCACUGCCGGCUCCUCUUCCAAGUUCCUCGUAACAGCAGGUCAAGACGAGCUAAUCAAGAUCUGGGACCUACGUCGCAAGCGCGAGGUAGGCUCUCUGAGCGGUGCAGAGCUCUUCGGCAGUCCUCUGAGCAUCGAUUUCCCUCUGCCAAGCCACAUGCUCAUGACGGCAGAGGGAGGAGCCAUCCUCCUCUACCGAACUAGGGACUGGGCGCUCCUACACACCUUCAAGGGCCACACCGGCCGGGUCAACUUCAUCUCUACCCAUCCAUCUGCAAAGCUCGCACUCAGUGGAGGGCAAGAUGGCGUGCUGCGUGCUUGGGACCUUACUAGAGGCAAGAGUCUAGGUGGGACAAAGAUGGGCAUGGGCCACGGAGGAGAAAUGGAGGCGCUCCGCUGGUUCGGUGGAGAGGGCAAAGGACACUUCUUCGCCCUCCUGGGAAGGACGGUUGUCCGUAUCUUCAGAAAGGACAUGAGUGAAGUCGCCCGAAUCGGCCAGGGAAAUCUCACGGGUACCAGACUGAAUGCAGUAGCAGUCUGGGAUUUGGGCAGUCUUAGAGGUGCAGAGGAGAUGAACGCAGAGCUCAAGGGAAAGACGCUGAUCUUUGUAGCUCGAGAGGACAAGAGAGUGGGAAUCUACCUCUUCGACCGCAAGAUCUUUGACGCUCUAGACGCCAAGGCCAAGGAGAAGGAGGAGCACGACGAGACGGAAGAGGAAGAGGAGGACGAUGAUGAUGAUGAUGAUGAUGAUGAUGAAGAGGAGGAGGAGAGGACCCUCAAAGAGAUCGGCUGGCUCGAAGGGCACUCCAGCCGCGUAAAAGGCAUCUCUCUGCAACCCCUUUCCCUACCUUCCACUUCCUCAUCACCAGCUCCCUGGGUGCUAACAGCAACUACAAUCUCCUCGGACGGCUUCGUCCGCAUCUUCAAUCUCGCCUCCCUCGUCUCCUCUGCAGGUACCGUCGCUCCUACUGCCCCUGCCGCACUCGAAGGCGAGGAGCUGCCGAUCAUCAAGCCAUCAGCAGAGUACAGUACGCGCGGCUCCCGUCUUACCUGUCUCAGCGUCGUAGGUGGGGAUGGAGCUCUGCCAUCUCGCUCUGCCACUGCCACUGCCUCUGGUGGAGACUCUUCCGACGAGGAGGAGGAGCUAGAAGAUGCCGAUGGUGAAUUCUUCAACCCCCUUUCGGACAUGGAUACAGAUCUCGAGGGCGAAGGUGAGGGUGGCGAGGAGGACGAGGAAGGCGAGUUGGCACGACUGGAGGAGAUUCUGAGGGAGGCCAAGAGGGAGGGAAUUGAUUUGGAGGACUUGCUCAAGAAUGGAAUGGGUGAGGAAGAGGAGGAGGAGGAGAGUGGAAGUGGAAGUGAAGGGGAAGAGAUGGAGGAGCUGGAGGAAGAUGAGGAUGGGAGUGAUGGAGAAGAGGCGUAAGUGUUUGCUCGAUGCCGGCAGGCCAGCUGUGGGCUUCCUAUGCAUUGGGGGUUGCGCAACGUAUAGAGAUGGAGAUAUCCGGUGCAAUCCUAUUCGACCAUGCUACGAUACGAUACAAGUAGUGUGGAACG